CCUCUUGUUUGCUCUAUUGAAUCUCCUUGUGUCUUUCUCCCUCACUGUGGCCUCACGCAAUACGACCGCAGGUUGUGUUAUCAUUCGCCCACCAAGAGAUGGAGGGAUCAGAUACAGGGGUCUGACCCAAGAACAGAUCCGUAGCGUUCAGGUAUUGCCGGUGGAUUAUGAGAUUGAGUACAUCUGCAGAGGGAACAGAGUGAUUGUGGGGCCAAAGGUUAGGAAGUGUCUCCCUGACGGCACAUGGACUGACCUCAACCAGCGCAGCAGAUGUUUACUGCCAUGUCCGAGAGUGUGGACGUCUCUAGAGAAUGGGCGAGUGACCGUGCAUCCUCCUGGCCCAGCAGUGGAAGACACCAUACUUCAUUACAGCUGUCUGGAGGGCUUCAUACUGGUGGGCAGAAACAGCACACACUGCACUAAACUGGGCAAGUGGGACUCGCCCAAACCCGUCUGCCACUAUGACAGACAUUAUACAGGCAAGAAGAAACUCUACAUCGGAGCCCUGUUCCCUAUGAGUGGUGGUUGGCCGGGUGGACAAGCUUGUCUUCCUGCUGCCCAAAUGGCCCUGGAUCUGGUGAACAAGAGAACGGAUAUUCUACCGGAUUAUGAGCUUGAAUUAAUCCACUAUGACAGUAUGUGUGAUCCAGGAGAGGCCACUAAACUGCUGUACGACCUGCUGUACACAGAGCCCAUAAAGAUCGUCCUGAUGCCAGGCUGCAGUUCUGUGUCCACGCUGGUGGCUGAAGCUGCUCGCAUGUGGAACCUCAUUGUGUUGUCCUAUGGCUCCAGUUCUCCAGCCCUCUCCAACCGCCAGCGCUUCCCCACCUUCUUCCGCACGCACCCCUCCGCCACACUGCACAACCCCACGCGUGUACAGCUCUUCCAGAAGUGGAAGUGGACCAAGAUCGCCACCAUCCAGCAGACCACCGAAGUUUUCACCUCUACUCUGGAUGAUCUAGAGCAGAGGGUGAAGGAGGCAGGUAUUGAGAUCAGCGUGAGACAGAGUUUUCUCACGGAUCCUGCUGUCGCCGUCAAGAACCUGAAGCGCCAAGAUGCGCGCAUCAUUGUGGGUCUGUUUUAUGAAACAGAAGCCAGGAAAGUGUUUUGUGAGGUCUAUAAGGAGAAGCUGUAUGGGAAAAAGUAUGUGUGGUUCCUGAUUGGCUGGUAUGCCGACAACUGGUUCAAGAUCAAGGAUCCGUCAAUCAACUGCACCGUAGAGCAAAUGACGGAAGCUGUGGAGGGACAUGUCACCACGGAGAUUGUGAUGCUCAAUCCCGAAACAGUUCGAGGAGCCUCCAACUUGACCUCACAGGAGUUCUUAGCACAGCUGAUGUCCAAGCUGGGUGGAAAAAAUCCAGAGGAGACCGGUGGUUUCCAGGAAGCUCCUUUGGCAUAUGAUGCAGUGUGGGCCCUUGCUCUGGCUCUCAAUAAGACAGUGGGGCCCUUAAAGGCAAAAGGCCGCAGGUUGGAAGACUUUAAUUACAAUAACAAGGACAUCACAGCCGAGAUCUACCGAGCCCUCAACACCAGCUCCUUCGAGGGAGUUUCGGGUCAUGUAGUGUUUGACGCGCAGGGCUCCAGAAUGGCAUGGACCCUCAUUGAGCAACUGCAAGGAGGAAGCUAUAAGAAGAUUGGUUACUAUGAUAUGACCAAAGGCAAUCUCUCUUGGUAUGGGAAUGACAGGUGGAUAGGUUCUGGUCCACCUGCCGAUCAGACAGUUGUCAUUCAAAAGUUCAGAUAUCUCUCACAAAGACUCUUCGUUUCUGUGUCCGUUUUCGCCGGCUUGGGCAUUUUAAUGGGGAUCGUUUGUCUCACCUUUAACAUUUACAACAGCAAUGUCAGGUACAUUAAAAACUCUCAGCCAUACCUGAAUAACAUGACUGCAGUUGGGUGUAUGAUGGCUCUGGCUGCUGUUUUUCCUCUGGGAAUUGAUGGACUACAUGUACGGAACACCCAGUUUCCUGUUGUCUGUCAGUUCCGUUUGUGGCUGCUCGGACUUGGCUUCAGUUUGGCCUAUGGCAGUAUGUUCACAAAGAUUUGGUGGGUCCACACUGUGUUCACAAAGAAGGAUGAGAAGAAAGAUAAGCGAAAACAGCACCUGGAGCCCUGGAAACUCUAUGCCACUGUCGGGGUUCUGCUUGUUAUCGACAUCCUGUCCCUCAUGAUUUGGCAAAUCGUGGACCCCUUGCACAUUACAGUGGAGAAGUUCACUAAAGAAGCACCUAAAGGGGACGUGGAUCAGUUGAUCGAACCGUUGCUUCAGCACUGUAGUUCAGAGAAGAUGAACACAUGGCUCGGAGUUGUGUAUGGCUAUAAGGGUCUGCUGUUGCUCCUGGGUAUUUUCUUGGCUUAUGAGACCAAAUCUGUGUCCACUGAAAAAAUAAACGAUCAUCGAGCUGUCGGGAUGGCCAUCUACAAUGUCUCUGUGUUGUGCAUGAUUACCGCUCCCGUCACGAUGAUUCUGUCGUCUAAGCAGGAUGCCUCAUUCGCGUUUGCCUCGCUGGCCAUCAUCUUCUCCGUCUACAUCACUCUAGUUGUGCUCUUCGUCCCCAAGAUGCGGAGGCUUAUCACCCGUGGCGAGUGGCAGUCAGACCAGCAGGAAACCAUGAAGACCGGCUCAUCCACCAACAACAAUGAUGAAGAGAAGUCUCGCCAGCUGGAGAGAGAGAACAAAGAGCUGCAGAAGAUCAUCCAGGAGAAAGAGGAGCGUGUUUCAGAGCUUAGAAAUCAGCUGUCAGAGAGACAAGCCCUCCGCUCCCGGAGACGCCCGUCCUCCUCCAAUAAGAACCACAGCUCUCCUCCUCUCCCAACUUCUCAGAACGAUCCCAAAUCUCUCCUUCCUCCACCAGGUUACCCCCUUCCUGCUUCAGAUAACCACUCCCUCCCUCCCACCUUCUCUAACUCCUCCAACCUUUACCAGCAUGACAGCAAGAUCAACCGCAACAAUUGUAACCCCAGCCGACUGCAGCUCCUCUAUAAGUGAGCCCAGACACAGAGGAGACACAAAGUGGAAAUUCAAGUAGGACUAUGGCAAAGUAAAAAGUGGAGAAGCUACCUUGAGUUGCCAUCCAAGUUCCCUAUUUCCACCCAACAGACUACUUUUGUUUCUUUGUUUCUUUCUUUCUUUUGUUUCCUACAUGCUUCACAUGUGGUUUUAUUGACAAGGAGUCUUGAGAAUCUGGUGUUGAUUGAAUCAUAGAUUUGUCACCAUAUUUGAAAGCCACACAUGCCGUGAUAACACUACAUUGUUCAAAUGACUAAUCCUCAGCUGUUUUUGCCUCUGAAAAUUGUGUAUGAAGAAUGACUUGCUAAAAACACAUCCUUACAGAAGUAUCUUGGUUAAUAGUGGAUUACACAAAGGGGCCAUUCACACAGGAUAUGCUGUUGUACGCUGCUGAAAAGACCAGCAUUGAUGGCCACCAGCUUAUUUUGAGUUUUGUGUGCUGGUCCCCCGCAUUGAAUCCUGGUGUGCUGGUGUCCCCACCAGGCUUUUAAACCAGCUUAACUAGAUUCAUCAGAAGACCAUGCUGGUAAAUAAGCAUCACCAUCAAGGUUUAGCUGGUGAAAAGCAUGGCUAUGCUGGUCCACCAGCUAAACCAGAACCAAAACAGCACUAACCAGCAUAAACCAGCCUAGACCAGCACUGGAAUUCCAGUGGACUGACUUUCAAGGCAAGUCAGUCCACUCAGCGGCCAUCUAUACAAGCAACAUAAAAGUUCAGCACUAAUCUACUUGAAUGGGGAAAGACCAAAAUCUCUAAAACAGUUGAUCAAGAUUACAAUCAAAAACAUGUUUCAAAUCAGCAGUUAAAUCUGACCACAAUGGUAUCAUAAAAUGUGCUUCUUUAGCAUAGAUCAUGCAAAAAAAAAGAUUUUUAAGGCUGGUCCAGCUAAUGUGCAUUUUUAGUUGAGUGACUGGUGAUGUCUGUAUCUAAGAUGAUUGACACUUUUACCCAUAGGGCGGGGCUUACUUUUCUACAUCUGCCAUAUUGGUGUUCCGGUUUCUCACAUUUACUUUAAUACAAGUGGUCCAUUUAGCUUGGGCUAAACAGUCUUUGACUGGGGGCAGUAGUUUGAAUUUAAGUAAGCAAAGACCGAUUUCAGCAGCAGAAAUUUCGACAUACUGUUGGCAAAUUGAAAGUGUGAUCAAUCUCAAGUCACCAUGUCAAAUAAACAUCCGCUGGUGUUAAACACAAAAGCGUGUCCUGUGUGAAAAGCUCCUAAAUGAUCCCACCGUGGUUUUUUAGAUUAUAUUUCAUUCAUAUUUCAUUGCAAUCCCUUUUCCCGUAUUUCAUAGAUACCUAAGAUCCUUUAAUCAAUAUCUUUUAUUUAGUUAUUUUCAAUAUUUCCUACAGUUCAAUAAAUGAUGUAGUAGUUUGUUGAAAUAAUCGCAAACUCAGAAACUGGUGUUUCUUCUUGUGAUCAGAAGUGCUUCUGCAAAGCCCUGUACUGGACAAAAACGAUGUGCAGCGGCAAGAGAGAUUGACUGCAAAUUCACACUCUUGCACAGUUGGUGCAGUAUCAAUCAUGGUGCAAUGAUCCUGUGAUAUCAUGUGCAACCAUAAAAUAUUGUGCAAUAUUGUAAACAGUCUGGUCCUGGUAAAACUCCCAUUCAUUUUCUCCAUAGGGGAAUUGAUUGUUAAUGGCAACAUAUAAACCUUUAAAGACAGACCAUGAGCUCUGAGGUUGUUAAUUGAUGGUAUAUGCUACUAGAAAAAUACUUCUGGAAUCAAGGCAAUUGAAAAGCCGGUGGUCACUGUUGCGUUCUAUAGCAUGGUUGCCUUUGAGUCGGUGUGGUAUUUUUGAUAACAUCUAGGACUUUUUUACUUUAAUAAUAUUUUUUGGUUAGUGCUUUUAUCCAGUGCUACUUGCAGUGCAUUCAAAGUUUACAUUUUAUCCAUUUGAAUGUUCCCUGGAUAUCAAAGCCAUGACCUUGCCGUUGCUGGCCUCAUGCUCUACAAAUUGAACUUGUUACAGGAAAUACUAUUUUCUUUCUUUUAUGUAUAUCCUCAUUAUCAUAUGGAUAAUACACAUUUUGCAACCUCAUGAUCUCAUAAACAUAAAUCUCCCUUACAUACAGAUGACAGUAUGGUUUGUUUAUUCCCACAGGGGAAACAGUUUGUCACCAUGUUAAGUUACAGGGACAGUCCCACUGGUGCAAUCUGUGGUAAGUGGCUUGCUCAAGGUCAUAAUGGUGAUAGCUCAUGGAUCGCUCUUGUGGGUUCAAAUCUAACCCCUUGGCUACUUUCGUAUAUUGGUUUGGCUAUAGGCAGCUUUUUUUCUCCCAGAGCAUGCUGUGAUAACAUAUUAACAGUCACUGAGCUCUUGAAGCUUUUUGAAGUCUUUGCACAGAGGCUCUUUAUUUCAUCACAGAUUUUGAGGGCUUUUGUUUUUAUUAGAUCCUUUCUGUAGCUGCAAGCUUUAGAUUCAAUCUCACAGCAUCACAAUUCAGUUUGCUUCUGAGUGGCAGCUGCUAUUGGAUGCGACACUUCAAGGAUAUCUGAUACUUUGCAAUGCAAAUACCAUUAAAAGUGUAUCGGGCAGCUAUUUGUUGGGUGCAAUGACCAAGGUAUUUGAAAAAUACUUAAUUAACACACAUAUAUUCACACUCACAUCAGCUGUUUUAUUUAGUCAUCACUCAACAUUUCCUUUUGUUGCAAAGGUUUGAUUACUUAAAAAACAAAACUUUAAAGUACAGUUCUCAACCUCCUUAACUGUAAUGCCAACUUCCUCUGGAUGACUGUGUUCAAUUUUAGUUUGACCUUCUGAAAGGGAUUGUUCUCCUGAAAUUAGAAAUUAUGUCAUAAUUUACUCACCCUCGUGUUUUUUGAACCAUGUAUAUCUUUCUUCUAUGGAACAUAAAAUGAGAUAUUAGGCAGUAUGAUAUAGCCUCAGUCACAUUCACUUUAAUUGCAUUUUUUUCUCUGACACAAUGAAAGUGAGAAGUGACUGAGGCUAAUAUUCUGUUUAACAUCUCAUUUUGUGUUCAACAGAUGGAAGAAAUAAAGUGAUUAGGGUUUGGAACAAUAUGAGGGUGAGUAAAUGAUGACAGUAUUAAAACAUUUUAUAUACUAUAUAUUUUAUUUUAUUAUAUAAAUUAUUAUGAAAUAUAGAUACUAUAUAUAUAUAUAUAUAGAAUUAGACCUGCACAAUGUUCAGGAGGAAUUUUGGAACAUUCUUCCUUACAGAACUGCUUCAGCUCAGCCAUUUUCUUGUAUCUGGUGUGAACGGCUCUCUUGAGGUCAUUCCACAGCAUCUCUAUUGGGUUAAUGUCUUUGCUUUGACUGAGUCACUCCAUCAGGUGGAUUUUCUUUUUUAAAGCCAUUCUGCUGAGGAUUUACUUUGAUGUUUUGGGUCAUUGUCCUGCUGCAUCACCCAUCAUCUACUGAGCUACAGCUGACACACAGCCACCCUGAUAUUAUCCUGUAGGGAUGCUAUUUUAGGUGUGCCCUUUGAGUCAUUUUGGCUGAACGGCUACUUCUAGGGAGAGUAGUCACAGUACUAAAUCGUCUCCAUUUAAAGAAGAAUUAUCUUAACUGUAUACCCCAUUGAGAGUAAUAACCACUAAUCAUGACCACGAGGAGAUUACCCCCUAGCAACCGGGCCAAUUUGGUUGCUACGGAGACAUGGCUGAGUCACUCAGCACACCCUGGAUUCGAACUCGCAACUCCAGGGGUGGUAGUCAGCGUCUUUACUCACUGAGCUACCCAGGCCACCAUGUGUUAUUAUUUAAAACAGUUAGUUAGUUUAUUAGUUUGUUUAUUAUUGUAACUUAGAUGAAGAUCAAACCAGAUUUUAAGACAAAUGUAUACAGAAAUGCAAGUAAUUCCACAAGUUCACAAGUUCACAUACAUAGUCUU